AUGCCACCAGAAAUAUUCGACGUUGUCGUCGUUGGGACAGGCUGGAAUGGCCUGAUCUCGGCCAAGACGUACCUUGACUUUGACGCCAACGCCAAUCUAGUUCUGGUAGACGAGCAGGCCACUAUCGGUGGGGCCUGGAGCGACGAGAAGAUCUAUCCGGGCCUUUUCGCUCAGAUCAAAUACGGGCAAUUUGAGUACUCGUUCUACCCCAUGCGUCACGAGGGCGUUACCAAGGAUGGGUAUAUUUCAGGGCAGACCAUCAACAAUUACUUGAAAGAGUUUGCUGCGGAGUUUGGCCUUAUACAAAGGACUAGGCUGCGGACCAAAGUCGUUCAGGUUACACGUCGUCCUGAAGGAGGCUGGAGGCUGAAUCUUGAAAGUGGCAAGGAGGCUAUCGAAUGCGCCAAGCUCAUCUAUGCCUCGGGCGCGGCCUCGCACCCUGUCAUUCCCCAGUGGCCAUGUUCCGAGAGGUUCAAUGUGCCGAUAGUUCAUUCUUCCGAGAUCAGGAGUCAUGUUGAUAAAUUGCAAAAGAUUCGCCGGGCAACGGUUAUCGGAGCUGCGAAAUCGGCAUACGACACGGUUUUCCUCUUAUUACAGUAUGGCGUUCAAGUAAAUUGGAUCAUCCGCGAAAAUAGCGCUGGUCCGAUGGCAAUUAUGCCACCUACGAUCCUUGGGAUCUGCAACACGAUGGAUGCCGUCUCGACCGAACUCGUAAGUCAUCUCGGAUCGAGUAUCAUGCAAACAAAGGGCACUGGGUAUUGGCUCUUCAAUAGAACUUUCAUUGGGAGAAGCAUAGCCAAAAUCUUUUGGAAGACAAUUGCAAUCAUAGCAGCAAGACAUGCUGGGUACGACAAGUCGCCGAACGCUCAGAAGCUUAAACCGGUCCCUCAUGGCAAUGGCAUCUUCUGGGCCAAUGCAGGUCUCGGGUGUGCAAGCGUACCCAACUUCUGGAAGGCUUUCCACGAGGGUGACUGCAAGGUUCACAAGACCGAAAUCGCCUCGCUAAGCGCGUCAAAUACCGUAGAACUCAGCAACGGUGCCCAUUUCGACACGGACUACAUUAUCUUGUGCACUGGCUUUGAUAAGUCGUAUCACCAUUUCAGUGCUGAGCUUCAGGAGACACUUGGCCUCGUCUCCAGUACGUACGAACAGGUUAAAUGGGCCAAACUGGAGGCCAAGGCUGAGAAAAAGAUUGAUCAACUUCUCCCUGCCAUCAGAGAGUCCCCAAUCACCACGGUUGAGGUGCCUUCCAGGUCAGCGCACCUAGAAAAGCUGCUGCACGGCCCCAGCCGUCAUUACCGUCGUCUCAUUGUUCCAGACAUUGCCGCGAAGGGCGACCGUUCAAUAUACUUUCCCGGAUUCAUUGAUACCAUCUACACCCCUUUGGUAGCCGAGGUGCAGGCUUUAUGGGGCGUAGCCUUUCUCCUAGGACUCGUCGAUCUGCCUAGUCAAGAAGACAUGGAGGCUGAAGUAGCCGACUGGAAUGUUUGGACCCGUAAGAGAUAUCUUGCUCAAGGAAAGAAGCAUGCCUAUGCUAUCUAUGACUUCUUCGCUUAUAUCAAUCUUCUACUAGGAGACCUGGGAAUCAAUGGAAGGCGUAAGAGUACCGCCUUAGCCGAGUUAUUCUUGCCAAAGUACCCCCGGGAUUACAAGGGCAUUACAGACGAGUUCAGGCGUGCAUUAGCUACGAGGCAGGGGAAAGCGUACGCGAAAGGCACGAAGGUUGUUUGA